UCUAAUUUCUCUUGACGCCCUUAUUCCUACGCCUCUUCCUCGAUCACGAGAUCUCCAGGAAACCCUAGAGUUGAGAAAAAAAGGGGUGACUUUGAGGAAUCGAUUUCGGAGUUCGUAGCUGAAGCGGAGGAGAAGAUGCUUAGGGUUUCAGGACGAAGGCUUGCCUCUCUCUCAUGGCGGCCGGCCCCCGCUGCGUCAUUCGUCUCCUCCCAAAACCUUAUCGGAGGUGCUAAUCCCGCAUCGAAUGACAAUUCCAAACCGAUCGGUCCUGGAUUCAUCCGUGAGCUUGGUCUUCUUGGGGCCAUCCGAGGAUAUGCAUCUGAGUCCCUUGCCCCCAGGCCUCAUGACUUAGGCUUGGCUGACCUUCCGGCAACAGUAGCUGCUGUGAAGAAUCCAAGCUCCAAGAUCGUUUAUGAUGAAUACAACCAUGAGAGGUACCCCGCUGGUGAUCCUAGCAAGCGAGCAUUUGCAUAUUUUGUUCUGACAGGUGGGAGAUUUGUGUACGCAUCUCUGCUUCGACUCUUGGUAUUGAAGUUUGUCUUGAGCAUGUCUGCUAGUAAGGAUGUCCUUGCCCUUGCUUCCCUCGAGGUUGAUCUCUCCAGUAUCGAGCCUGGGAGCACUGUGACUGUGAAGUGGCGUGGUAAACCGGUCUUCAUAAGGCGCCGGACAGAAGAUGACAUCAAACUGGCAAACAGUGUGGACUUGUCGACCCUCCGUGAUCCCCAAGAGGAUUCUGCCAGGGUGAAGAACCCGGAAUGGCUUGUUGUUGUCGGUGUCUGCACCCAUCUGGGUUGCAUUCCUCUACCCAAUGCCGGAGAUUUUGGAGGCUGGUUCUGCCCGUGCCAUGGCUCUCACUAUGAUAUCUCUGGUAGGAUUCGAAAGGGUCCUGCCCCGUUCAACCUCGAGGUUCCAACAUACACCUUCUUGGAGGAGAACAAACUGCUGGUUGGUUGAUCAGUUGAUAUACCUCUAUCGUAGCGUAGAGGCUUUAUUUUCAAUUUAAUCUCACGUAAAACAUAUUUUUGAAUCUUCUUUAUAUCCCUUUUGUUGUUUGUCAACCUGUAAUUUGUCUUAGAGCAAAAUAAUUGUGCCUGCCUCGGAGGCUUUUUCUUCUGUCACAUUGAUAAACUCAUCAACAUGUUGAGGCUUGAGGCCUUGUGUAUUGGUGCAUUAGGA